AUUUACUUAAUCUGGGUUUUGUCGACAAUCGUGUAUUUUCGUUAGUUCUGCGUAGCACUAAACAUGAUUCUGAUCCAAACUCUUUUUUAUUUUAUAUUAAAUCGCCGUUGUUGCAGAGAGACAUAAGCCCAAAAAGCACGAAAACAAAAGACAACAGUAAAAGAGAGUCUGAGAGAUUGGUCGGGAGUAAGAAAGUUUUAAUUGUCUCCUGUCUCCUGAAUCGCGGCCACUUCGCCGUCAAAAAGAUCUCAGAGAUUCUCAUUGGGCCGCCAUUGAUGCACCCAACCACUCUCUCUCUGAGACAUAACGUAAAUGUUUUGUCUGGUUUUUAUAUCUUCCUUAAUCACACGGAGAAGAAACUUGAAAUAACAAAUCUUGCUUUGGUUUGAAGAAAAAUCAAAUCAAACCCGAGACCUAAUUCCUCGUCGGCUAUCAGAAUUUGACUUCUUGUUGUGGAUCAUUGCUUCUUAACUAGACAAAGGUUUUAAACAUUUGAGGGAUUUACGGUCCGUGAACCGCGUUGAGGCUACAAGAAGAAGGUUUAUAUAAGAAAAAGGAGGAAGCUUUUUAGUUUUUGGUGGAAGUUGUGAUUGAAAUGAUGAGUGUGGGAAGAAGUGAAGUUGUUGUUGAUGAUUUGUUCUUUGAUUCAUCUGAUGUUUUGUCUAUUGGUGAACAAGUAGUAGUAGAAGAAGAAGAAGUAGAAGAAGCAGAGUUUCAAGUUUGGUCUGGUGAGCCAAUUAGUGUUGAGGAACGUCGUGUACGGUUUCUCAAGAAAAUGGGUUUAUUAGAAGAGAGGUGUCUGGAGAGGAUGGUAAGCGAUUACAGUGAUGAGGUUACUAGUUCUUCUUCAGAUUCAUCUCUCUGUGAUAGUGGAUUGCAGUGUUGUGUUAGAGAGGAGAACUAUGGAUCAACUACUUCAAUCUCUGAUGAGGAACUAGAAGGAGUGGAUGAUGAUGAUGAUGAUUCAGAAGAAAUCUCAAGUAAUGCUUCCACCAGUCCAUCGCGGAGUUCCAGCAAGAAAAGCGCGAAAAAAUGGUUGUUCAAUUGCUUUUCAGCAGGAGUGAAGGAUAAAGAUUUCAAAUACAAAUCAAGUGAAGAGACAAUGAGCAAAGUGAAAGUGAAGACUAACAAGAAGAGUCAUGUAGAGUUAUCUGCAGCUUACAUGGUACAAAAGAUUAAUGGACACAAAGGGAAAAUUUGGACAUUAAAGUUUAGUCCUGAUGGUAAAUACUUAGCAACCGGAGGCGAAGAUGGAGUUGUAAAGAUAUGGCGAAUCACGCUAUCGGAUUCUCUACUCGCCUCUUUUCUUCGACAACAAGAACCAAUAAACCAACAAGCAGCAUUGGUUCUGUUUCCUCAGAAAGCUUUUCAUAUCGAAGAAACACCGUUUCAAGAACUUUAUGGUCAUACCGGAGAUGUCUUGGACUUAGCAUGGUCAGACUCAAAUUUGCUUCUUUCAGCUUCUAAAGACAAGACAGUUCGGUUAUGGAGAACUGGUUGUGAUCAAUGUCUUCAUGUCUUCCAUCAUAACAACUACGUGACUUGCGUUGAAUUCAAUCCUGUAAAUAAGAACAACUUCGCAAGUGGGUCUAUAGAUGGAAAAGCUCGAAUCUGGGGUUUGUCAGAAGAAAGAGUUGUCGCUUGGACCGAUGUUCGUGAUUCCAUUUCUGCAAUCUCUUACCAACCAAACGGAAAUGGGUUUGUUGUUGGUUGCAUCACUGGGAACUGUAGGUUCUAUCAAAUCUUAGAUAACGAUGUGAUAAUGGAUGAACAGAUUCUUAUCCGGGGAAGGAAUAGAAUCACCGCCGUGGAGUUUUGUCCUGGAAGCUCCGAGAAAAUUUUAGUAUCUUCUGAAGAUUCGAAAGUUCGAAUAUUUGACAAAACACAAAUGAUUCACAAAUUCAAAGCUCCAUCGAAUUUUGGGAGACAAUCGUCGGCGUCGUUUGUUUCUUCCACCGGAAAACAUAUUUUAUCAGUUAGACGAGGUGUCGGAGUUUAUCUCUGGAACAACGAUGCGUUUCCUUCGAGGAAAGGCGCAAAAUCGUCGCGUUCUUUCGAGUAUUUUCAUUCGCCGGGGGUUUCCGCGGUGGCGGCUUGGACUCAACCGGAAACAAAAGUGUCGAAAGUAGCCGGUGAUGAUGAAGAAUCACGGCGCGUUAUGAGAAAAAUACAGAGCUCUGGGAGAUUGUCUCGCUCCUGUCGUGUUACCGCCACGUGGCCGGAGGAGAAGCUCCUUAUGAAUGUAGGAAGUUACGAUAGUAACCUUCCCGUCGGCGAGUUUGAUCUUGCCGAGGCGUGGAGACUGGUGAUCGUGACCGUGAGCUUGGAUGGGAUGAUUAGGACAUUCCAUAACUAUGGACUGCCACGUACAUUUUAGAGAUCGAUAAUCUAUUUUUGUUUUAAAUAGGAGAAAACAAAAAUUGAUUUUUUGUUUGGUUUUUGUUUUGGUGUCUAAAUAUAUGUAGAUUUUCUAGUUUCUAGUCCUUCGCUUCCAAGUUCCUCGAUGGCUCAAUGCCAAUUUAGUCAGAUAAGAUUAUGCUGCAACUGCUAGAGCGACUCUCUCCUACUUCAUUUUAGUC